CCUGCAGGACCCUGUCCUCCUCUCCCAUCGCCGCCGGCGCCGGCGCCGCUGGACACAUCCCUCGCAGGAAUGCGCGGCAUAAUCGAGGCACGGCGGCGCCUUGGCCAUGGCGUGAUUGUCCUUGCUGCCGUGGCGGCGCUGGCUCAGGCCAAGCCAUCGGAGCCGUUUCUCACGCUGUAUCUCCUCCGAGCCAAGAGCAUCGCCGCCUCCGACCUUGAGCGCUUCGUCUGGCCGUGCGCCACGUGGGGCGCCUUCGCGCUCGCGCUGCCGGUGGGCCUCCUCGCCGACGCCGCGGGCAGCCGCGUGGUCAUUCUGUGCGGCAUGCUCUGCCGGCAGGCGACGCGGACGCUGCUGCUCUUCGCGCAGAGCGUCCCGGCGAUGGCCGGCAUGCAGCUGACCUAUGCCGCCUCCGCCGCCGCCGACACGGUCCUCUUUGCCUAUGUCUUUGCGCUCACGCCUAAGCCCGGCCCGGCCGCGUUUGCCCGUGCCGCCGGCGUCGUCCGUGCCGCGUACCACGCUGGCAACGUGGCCGCCUCGCUCGUCGGGGAGUGGUGGGUCGAGGGUAGCGGCCUCGACGCGUCCGCGGCGGGUGGCGGGGCCGAGGCCGCCCUCCGGCCGCUCUUUCUCGCCUCGUGGGCCACCGCCACGGCGGCGCUCCUCCUCGCCGCCGCCGCGCUUCCUCCUCCGCUGCGCCCGCCGCCGCUCUCGGUCGCGUCUCUCCUCCUCCCUCGCCGAGGUCAGGCGGGCGGGCGUGGCAGCGGCGGCAGCGACGGCAGCGACGGCAGCGGCGGCAGCGGCGGCGGCGGCAGCGGCGGCGGCGGCGGCGGCGGUUUCGGCGGCGGCGCUGGCGGAGGUGGCGGC